AUGCUGCGCGCGCGCCUGAAAAUAUUCAGCGCUUUGAACGGUGCAACAAGUGCCUUUAGCCGAGCAGUCGCACCGCUGCAAAUUGCGACUCGUCAGCAGUCUUUUUCUGCAGCUGCACCGGCAGCCAGCGGUGACUUCUCACACAUUACUCGUAACACCGUAUGGGGCUUAUGGAAUGAAGGCAAUCUCUUUUCACUUUCAGUACCGGAACUUGCUUUUUUUUUACAGGAGCACUGCCGCGUGGCAAAUGUGGACCCUCGUGCAAAAAAGAGUGCGUUGGUGCGGCAGGUGGAAGAAAUUCUCUCCGCUGAGCAGCAGGCGAGCGCAACGGUACCGCAGGAGGACAACCCACACGCCAUUGUUGUGACGGACUAUGAUCGUGCCGAAGAUGCGCUGGAAGAAGCGGAUGAAUACGGUGAUUGGGGUGCAGAACCCGGUUUUGAGGACCGUCGUGAGUUGGACUUUAUGGAAUUAAGCCCUGGACGAAUGGGCGAACGUUAUGAUCCGCUUUCUCCUCGAGCCUUUCAGCUUCUGCACAGUGAGACAGCUACAGAUGUGGGUAUUGCGAGUAUCGACCCGAGCAAACUUCCGGGGCAAAGUAAGGUGAAGAAUGCCCUGGCAGCAAUUCACGUUGCCCCAAACGACGCAAACAAAAUGCGAUUCCGAAUGGCCUUUGAAUGGUGCCUCAUGAAUAUUUGGAAUAUGAAUAUGCCGGGUGAGCUUAACAUCGGAGCGGGUAAGGCACUUUACUAUCGCAGUGUGGCAAAGCAAAAUCGUAAUGUCAUGCCGCUGUGGACAGUGCAAAAGCAUCUCUACGCUCAGCAUCCGUAUGCCUGGUUUGCCAUUGCGAGCGAAUCCAACGUAGCGGCCAUGGAGUCUCUGGCGGCAGCUCUUAACAUGAGCAUCCAACAGGAACGCACAACGAGCUAUAAAGUCACAAUCCGUCGCAUGGCAGAGUUUUUCGAUUGUGAGCUCAAUGGUCAACUUAAGUGCACGAUGAUGAACAAACCGUGGGAUCGGUUCUUCGUUUCACACUACAUUCGCAGUAAGAUGCCCGAUUUGCGUUACGUCGUGCGUGCCAGGCAUCCCAUCAAGAAACGUAUUGCGGAUGCUUACCUUGAAGCGGACAUACUACGUAGCACACGGGAUUCUGUGCAGUCGGUGUUAUCGCCGGAAUUAGGUGAUGUUGUGUACUGUUGUGAGCGUGUGGUUCGCAAGUGGGCCAAGAAAACGGCCACUGGUGUAACACUUCAACUUGUAGAGACAAAACGAACGCCGCUCAUCAUCACAAAGGCUGGGGACGAGGGCGAACGUUUGGAGUAUGAGUGGAUUGUGCCGCUACCCCAACAGGCUGAAAGGAUUGAUAUAGCUGCACUUACGGACGAACUGUGGGAAUACGGUAACAAACUUGCGGCAGCGCUAGAAGAAGGAAUGGAGGAACUUAUGGUUCACACCAUGACUGCCGUUUCGGCAUACUAG